AUGGCCCGCGAAGGAACCCGCUCUGCCACCGGCAACUCCAGGCCGCGUGUCUUCCAGACCGUCGACACCGCGCCCACCAUCAAGCGUACCACAAAGCCCAAGACGGCCUCUACCACCGACACUGCUGCCACCAAGGUCAAGGCCGCAAAGCCCGCUGGUGUCACCAAGAAGAAGGCCCCCGCCAAGAAGGAGGGUGUUGGCGCCAAAGUCAAGGCUGCCGUCAGCAAGGUUACCGGCAAGGCCAAGGGCGAAGAGACCAAGGCAAAGAAGGCCGCAAAGCCCAAGACCACCGCUGCCAAAUAG